GCUUCUGGAAUAAAAUCCGUGUCAGUUAUGACUAAUCCCAUGAGGACAACUCUCAAGAAAUCGUCGUCUCUUUUACAUAAUCACCGCUUCAUGAGGCGGGCGUGCUGCUGACCUUUGGGGGCGUGGCGCCACGGGGAUCGCGUCCAAUCACGAGUCACAACGCGCCUUCCACUCAAAUUCCCGAGGAACCUCCCAAACUUUCCUUUCUCCCCCCAUGCACAACUUUUUGUCAACUUUUUCAACAACUGACUCCCGAGCCGUGAGAGAAAAGUCAUGCGUUCUCUGAAUUGGAAUUAGACUGCGGGUCCUGGAAAAUAAAGAAAGAAGGAAGCAUGUCCUCCGCCGGAGACCCGCGAGACGAGGUACCAACGGAGGGGGAUGCGCGAGGCGCGCGCGCGGCGCAGGUGCGCUGCUUGCCCUUCAGCGUGGAGGCGCUCAUGUCGGACGCGCAGCCGAGCGGUUUGAACGGCGAACAGGCGCGCGGGCCGGACGGCUUCUCUCAUCGAUCAGUAUCGAUUAUUAAAUCGGAACGAGGGGGCUGCGCGUCCCGGGUAUCCGGCCCCGUUAAGGUGUCUGCACCACCGAGGCAGCUCAGCCCGGCGGCCUGCGCCUUGAGGAAGCACAAGACAAACCGCAAGCCUCGCACUCCCUUCAGCACCACGCAGCUCCUGGCCCUGGAGAGGAAGUUUCACCAGAAGCAGUACCUGUCCAUCGCCGAGCGGGCCGAGUUCUCCUCCUCUCUGUUGCUGUCUGAGACCCAGGUCAAGAUCUGGUUCCAAAACCGGCGGGCUAAAGCCAAGAGGCUUCAGGAGGCUGAGGUGGAGAAACUCAAAAUAGCGUCCGGCGUUGGUCCCAAAGCUGUGUUCCAGCCCGGCUUCCCGUCUUUAGGUUUCCCCCUGGGUCUCAACCUGCAUGCCGGCUCGGCGGCGCUGUACGGACUGGGCUGCUCAUACGGGCGCAGCCCCAUUCUCCCUGCAGUGCACCUGGCCAUGUGGGCCUCACAGGGCGGCCACGGCCUGUUCCAGCCAGCACAGAGGCACGCGGACGUGUUAAAAACAGAAGGACGAGGUUGUGUCGUGAAGUCGUCCAGCGGAUCAGAGACUUUGUUAAGGACCGUAGGUGGACCACAGGCUUUAUGAUCUCAAAUGGUCGGUCUUUGUUAAUAUCCUUUUCAGAAUGCAGAAUCUUGAAGAUCCCAUUUUGGCUGUUUGUCUCUGCUGAUUCAGCAUUCACCUGUAAACUAGGCCACACGUAUGACUAUUGUCCUGAAUAGCAGAUCGCAUGUGUCCUAGCUAUUUAUUUGCCUUUCCUACUCUUGUUGUAUUCCCAUGAUGAUUGCAGCAUUGGGAAGCAACCAAAAAACUCACUUGUUAGCCUUGAUGAUGCAGGAAUAUUUGACAUCAUCCUCAUAGUAGGUUUAUCAGAGAAUGACCUUUUGGCCUGGGGAAGCGCAGACUUCUUUAAAAGUCAAAGCAUUCCCAAUGACAUAUUUAUUCACAGCAGUCCUUAAAUUAAUAUAUAUCCUGAUGAAUAUCUACAUCAUCAUGUUAUGUGUUUGACAUCACAUUAAAGCUUUUAGUUAACCUUC